AUGGACAAGAUGCUGCGGGCGCUUGCUGAACAGGGCAACGCGCUACUGGAGAUGCCCACAGGUUGCGGCAAGACGCUUAGCCUGCUGUGUGCCGCACUGGCUUGGCAAACACAACGCAAAAAGGAGUUGUUUGACCGCUCAGCCACACAGCUGCUACGCACUGCUCCGCGUGGGGACGCUGGAGGACCUCCCAAGUCUACUGCUGCUGUUGGUAGCACUGCCGAUCGCGAAGGUGGCAAGCCCCGCCAAGCCAAAGGCACAGGCGCCUACGGCGGUGCGAAAGGCGCAGGCGACGACUCUGAGGAAUCCUCCGACGACUUUGAACCCCGUAAAGCAGCACGCACACAAGCCCCAGCACCUUCUGCGGACGGCCUCCGAGGACAGCUUCCAGCCAAACAGGGCCAAACUGCCGAAGCUCCCAGCCAUAAGUCAGCAGCUGCAUCAGCAGCAGCAGCAUAUCCUUGGGAAGGUGGCGCCUCGCAUUCCUCCCCUAACUCCUCCCCGGCCGAGAACAGCGACCAAGAUGAUGAAAACUCCGAUCCUUCCAUGUUCGAUAUCAGAGGUACUGACGAGGACGACGUGCAGGACUUCAAGCCACCCAAGAUUUUUUUUGCGACGCGCACGCAUUCCCAGAUUGCGCAAGUGGUCCGGGAGUUGAAGCGUUCGGGUUACAAGCCCACCAUGGCCAUCUUGGCCGCAAAGCAGCACUACUGCAUUAAUAAGAAGGUACGCCGAACGGGCCGUGUGGAUGAGGAAUGUGACAAGUUGCUCAAGGAAUCAGAGUACGGAUGUCGUUACCGAGGCAAGGCGGCGGGUAGAGCCGGUAGAACCCCUCCGGAGAUUGGUUUACAUGACAUCGAGGAGCUGGCUGCCAAAUGCUCCAAUGGCCGCAAUCCCACCUGUGCGUACUUCGUCGCCCGGGACCUCGCCCUGACAGCGGAUCUGGUGUUUUGUCCGUACACGUACCUUCUGGAUCCGUUGGUCCGUGCGGCGCUGGGUAUCGAUGUGGGCGGAGCCGUGCUCAUUUUCGAUGAAGCACAUAACAUGGAGGACGUGUGCAGAGAGGGUGGCAGCAUGGACUUGGAUCUUGACGUACUUCGAGAGGUGGAGGUGUCGUUUCGUCUGGCAGCCCAGCUCACUUCGCGACCUGAGCUGUACUCCCCCCUGGCGGAGGUGGUUGGGCGGUUGGGUGCCGUACUGGGGCGGUACGAGGCGAGCUCGGCGGGCAUGACAGCGUGUGGCUUUGAGCAGCACGAGGCGGUGUUUCAGGGACCUCGGGCCCUUAAUAUGUUGAGUGAGGCGGGACUAGGCCCCUCGGCGGUUGGUGAGCUUAACCGACUGUACGAGCAAGCCAAGGCAUUUGAGGAAAAGGCCACAUUCUCCCUUGACGGCGACGCUGCCGAUGAAGCCGUACCCGCCUCCGUCACCCGCCCUGGUGCCGGCGGCGCGGCGCUGGCGACCUUGGGCCGCCUGCUGACCGUACUACGGCUCAUGUACGGCACCGCACCGCAGCUGCCGCCGCAGUCGCAGCUGAUACCUCACCUUCCCCGUCCUCCUCUUCCCCCGCCUCCUAAUCAUUAUCACCCUAAUGAUCAUCCGGUGCAGCAGCAGCAGCAGCAGCAAGGGCGGCUGCCGUACCCCCAUCCUCCUGUCGCCGCCGCCGCCGUCGGACCUGCUGUCAAGUCGUUAGUCCACGCCGCUGCCCUGGGUGGAAGCGGCGGCAGCGGCGGCGGCGGAGGCGGAGGCGGUAUCGGUGCAGGUGGUGAUGGUGUCAGUAGUAGUGCUGGUGGUUUCAUUUCCUCGAUGGGUAACGGGGGCGGCGGAGGCGGAGGCGGAGGCUUCAUUCCCACCGGCAGUGGCGGCGGCGCCGUCCGCUAUGGCAGCGGCGGCGGCGGCGGCUUGAUGAUGGCCCCGCCGCCGGUUCCAGCUCCCCUUCGCGACAACAGCGGCGACUACCGAUUGGUGGUGAAGCGAUGGAUCGCGCAUGGCGCCAAGGACCGGAGAAAAGCCAGGUCACGUCUUCCUCGGGGUGAGGGUGACGGCAAUGGCGAGGGCCUGGGGAGGGGCGGGGUGGGGCCUGGUGCGGCCGUGUCGCUGGGGCUGUGGUGCCUGAACCCCGCUGUGGCGUUUCGGAGCCUGGCGGAUAAGGCCCACAGCGUCGUACUGACGAGCGGCACCCUGGCCCCCCUGGACUCCUUCGCCUCGGAGCUGGGUACGGAGUUCCAUUUCCGGUUGGAGGCCCCGCAUGUGGUGGAUAUGAGCCGCCAGGUGUGGGCCGGUGUUGUCCCUCGGGGCCCUGGUGGCUCCCUCCUCUCCGCCACGUACCGGGAGAGCGGCACACUCGCGUUCCAAGACGAUGCCGGGGAGGCGGUGCUGAGAUACUGCCAGGUCAUCCCCGGCGGUGUGCUGUUGUUCAUGCCCAGCUAUAGCCUGUUGGACAGGCUGAUGAGUCGCUGGCAGUCGUCCACGGGGUUAUGGUCCCGGUUAGAAGCCGUCAAGACGGUGGUGGUGGAGCCCCGGGAGGCGGGUCGGGGCUUCGAGGAGGCCAUGAGCAGCUACUACGGGGCCGCGUCUGAGGGUAUUGACUUCGCGGAUGGUUUUGCCCGGGGGGUCAUUCUGUUGGGGAUCCCCUUCCCGGCCAUCAAGGAUACCAAGCGGCUGCUGACCGGGGAUGCCUGGUACAACCAGCAGGCCUUCCGGGCGCUGAACCAGGCUGUGGGCCGCUGCAUUCGCCACAAGUACGACUGGGGCGCCAUCAUUUUGUUGGACGAGCGGUUUCGGGGCAGUGGCCGGCAGCAGCAGCUGUCCCGAUGGGUGCGCACGGCGGUCAAGGUCCAUGAGGACUUCAACACCAGCAUCACCGAGUUGGACGCCUUCUGCAAGCGCCUCACCGCAGAGCCCCCGCGGCCUCCCCCACCCCCACCCCCUGCAACAGCGGCCCUAGGCAGCAGCGGCACCACAUGCCAGCCAGCACAUGCGCUGCCAGCACAUGCACGGACACAAGCCCCAGUCGCAGCACCACCAGCUCCAGCUGGAAAGCAGCAGCAGGGUCAAAGGGGCAAAGGCAGCGUGGAGAUACAGUACGAGGAGGAUGUGGUUCCCCCUCCAGAUUGGCCGCCCGGACAAGGACAGGCCAACGGUGGCGGCGGUGGCGGCCGUUUCGACCGGUUUCGCCUGGGCAACACAUUGCCAGCGUCAUUGCCAGCAGAAGGACAACAAAAAUUGACCUCUGUCGCUGCCGCCUCCACCUCCGCGGUGGGAGGAAGUGGUGCUUCUGGAAGACCAAUCACUGCUUACUUUGCCGCGGCACAAGGGACCGGUGGCAGCAAGCCUCUAGCGGCGGCAGGGGCACCAAGCAAAUGCAGCGGUGGUGCUGGUGGUGGUGGUGGUGGUGGUGCUGGUGGUGGUGGCAGUACUUGUGGUGGUGGCAGUACUUGUGGUGGUGGCAGUACUUGUGGUGGUGGCAUGCCGGUCAGAGUGAUGCUGCAACCACAGAACAGCUGCGAGCCGCCACAGCCACAGCCACCGCUACCGCUACCGCUACUGCAUUCCACCCAGCAUGCAACGCAGCAGUAUCAGGUGCCGGGGUCACGGCCAGGGCUCAACAACAGGUCGGUUACGGGGACAAACUUGCCAGUGGAGGUCCAAAACACGGCACUGCCCGCGCCACCCGAGCACCCACCCCAUAAGGGAUGCAGCCCAUAUGACCAGAAAGGCCGGCAGCAGCCAGAGCCAGCACCACACGGCGGACAGCUACGGCACCACUGCCAGCAGCAUCCUCAGCCGCAGCAACAGCAAGCACAGCUGCUCAUGUCCCCACCACGACCAAAUCAGCUUCCUCAGCCUUGGCAGGGAGAUGUGUUGUGCUGUGCGCCGGUCGGUGGAUCAUCGGCUGCCGUGCUAUCAUCACAGCCUUCCACACGGCCUCUGCAACAGCAGCCACAUACGCCUGUUGAGAUGCUGCGGCCCGCUUCUCUGACACCCCUGCUCGGGCAGGUGCCAGCGCUGCCGAGCUACAACUACAGCACACCGGGAUUCUGCGGCAUGGACGCACAAAGGCAAGCCCUGGAAGCAGCGGCACAACCGCUAUCUGCGUCGGCUUCCACAAUCCCUCAGACUGCAGGUUCGCAGCAAGCGCCUUCCUCGGGGCAUUUCUGGAUGCAGAAUCAUCAGCAGCACCAGCCAAGCGGCAACAUGGAACAAGGCAACGUGCACAGACCCUACCAGGCUUCAACACCACAGCCGCCACACCAGCAGCAGCAGCUGCCGACGCAGCAGCCACAACAGCAAUGGCAGCAGCAGCAGCAUCUACACCAGCAGCAGACACAGUACAAUCUAGAAGCCCGGCACGGUGGAGAGGGCGGCAGUCAAACGGGGAUCCCAGCAGCGCCGGGAGCGCCGGCUUGGUGGUGCGGCGGCGCGCAGAUGCAACCCAAGAACCACCAAACAUGUGGACAACAGCACCAGCAGCAACAAUACCCACACCAACACCAGCAUUCGGAUUUGGGACGCCUUGCAGGUCCGGAUGCCAACACUACGGCGCUUUUAGAAGGAUCGACGAGGAACUUGAGCUGUGCCGCGUCGAAGCCCUCGGAGGCGACGGGAAGCAUCGCGGGGUGCAGUAUUAGCGCCGCUGCAGGACGAGGCAACGGCGCGGCCGCUUGUGUAUCGGCGCGGCCGCGCAAGCGCUUGACAUCUAACCGCGCGCGGGAAGCUGCUAGCAAGCGCUGUCGUUUACAGAAGAAAGAUGCUGGGGUCCUUGGGCAACCUGACGGCUGCGCUUUGGAUGACUCGGUAGACGACUCUGACGAUUUUGUUUAG